UGUAUUACGUCUGACUCUUUCACGUCGCAUUUGAGUGAAUUUCUCUACCAACAACAACACCACCAACACCGUCUCUCUGUAUCUGACCCAAUCUGUGUCACAAAAUCUGCAUGUGUACCUUAUCGAAUAGCGCCACCCUCUUAUUAAUUAAUGCUUUUCUUUUGGCCUUUGAUUUUGACAAACAGCUCCAAACCCUUCUCCCUUCCGAUCCUUUCUUUCUUUCUUCUUUUUCUUCUUUUCCCCCCCCAUUUUUAGUACCUUCAUAACGUCGAUAAGCGAUUAUUAUCCACUGAAAUAUCUGUUUAACGCUAUUGCUAAUUACUUUGGAAAAUCAAGAUUUUGUCGGUUCUCCCACUAUCUCUCUAGUCUCUACCUAUAUAAUCAUAAUGGUCCUUUUUGGGUCUUUAGCAGCAAACAAGGCAAAGGUUGUGCCUCCAAAAGAGUAAGAGAGAGACAGAGAGAAAAACUGUUCAUGCAUCUCUUCUGAUAUAACGACAUAAAACUCUCUGCUUUUGAACCUAACCCAUCUCAUAUCCCUUGUGUUUUCUUCUUCUUCUUCUUAUUCUUAUUCUUAUUCUUAUUAUCAGGCCAUGCAAUAUGCGAGUGCAGGCAACGUUUCGGUGGGGUUGGUUAUUAUAAGCUCAGUUUCCAGUACUAGUUAUUAGGUUCUUAUAUUAAUUAUGGCUGUUCAAGCUCAGUUCAUGUACCCUGAAAGUCUUGGUAUCCCAAUGUUUAGUUUGCAAGAUUGGGCUGUUAGUAAUCCUGCUGAAGCUGAUUUUUCUUUUGGAUUGCAAGAAUCUCAGCAGCAGAAUCUCUUUCUUCAACAGCAGAGCUCUCAAAAUUUUGGUUUUGAUUGCAAUAGAGGUGCAUGGUUUGCUUCUCCACCACCAUCAUCAUCAACUUGUGAUAGUUUUCUUGCUCUUUCUCAAUCUUUAUAUGCAAAUUAUCUCGAAAUGCAAAGGCAAGAGGUUGACUGCAUUCUUCAAUUCCAACACGAGAGGUUAAGAUCCGCUUUGCAAGAACAAAGAAAGCAACAAUUUGCAGUCCUGUUGAAGAGUGUGAAAUCCAAGGCCAUCUCUUUAAUGAGGCAAAAAGAAGAGGACUUGGCAAAAGCAGCAAAGAAAAAAAUGGAGCUCGAAGCAUGUUUAGAAAGAGCACAAAUGGAAACAGAAUCAUGGCAAAGAUUAGCAAGAGAAAACGAAGCAAUGGUCAUAGAUCUAAGCAACACGCUCGAACAAGUAAAAGAAAGAAUGGUCCUGAGCAGCAAUAGCAGAGGCCAAGAUACAGAGUCAUCCUGCUGUGGUUCAUGCAAGAAAGAACAAGAAGCAGAAGAUAUCCCAAGAAAAAGAAUGGUCUGUAAAGGGUGCAGUUCUAGGGCAUCGAGUGUCCUCUUUCUACCUUGCAGACACCUCUGCUCGUGCAAGUUUUGUGAAGCUUUUUUCAGCUCCUGUCCUGUCUGUGAAUCUGCGAAAGAAGGGAGCAUGGAGGUUUUUUGGGUCUAACAAAACAGAAGUAGCACGAGAAAAGUAAAAGAAAUUGGAAAAAGGUUCAAUUUAUUUUGCCAAAAUCGUAUAUGCGUACUGUCACUGCGGUGUUUUCUGGGUUGUUAGGCUUCUUUUUUUCUCUUGUUUUUUUUUUUUUAGGUCUACGUUUUACAGAUUUUUUCUGUGUGUGUACUUUGCUACCGUGCUGCGGCCUAUAUCUGUGAAUUGAAAUGAUGGUAAUUUGUCAGAAAAUGGGCGCUUUUCAAUUGUUUACCUUGUGUAGGACUGUAGGUAACGGAUACAUUAUACCUGAUCCAGCUUAAUUAAUUAAAUUUUAAUUUGGUU